AUGUCUUCGACCCCUUCUAUUAAAGCGCUGCUCUCCAUCGCCGUCCAACUGGCGGAAAGUCUAUCGGAACGAAUACCAAAUUUGGGGUCUCUGCAACGCGACUGCAAACAAACUGCCAUGAACCUACGCACCUGGCGCACAAAUCUCCCGUCCGAGAUGGAAUUUCUCCUCAAGCCGACAGGCCAACUCAUCUGGACGACCCACGAGCUAGGCAAACCUCCAUCACUCGACACCGUCUCCCGCACCUACGAAGCGGAGCAGAAGAUCAAGAGUGCAUCGCCGUCAAUCAAGAAAUUCAUGGACGACCUUGGCGUAUGGCAAAAGCCGAAAAAGGGUCACGCGCCGCUCGCCGUCCUUUUCGAUCAGACGUCACGGAGUGACAAAGUCUUCACUUUCACGGAAAAGGCGGUGAAUGGACACAUGGGUGCAUGUUCCAACGGGCUGAUGGGACUGACCACGAGGAUCGAUAGAGCAAGGAAACGGCACGUGGGGCUUAGGUUGCUGGCUGGGAAAGCGCCCUGA